CAGAUUUUAUGUUUCAUUUAUAAUGACAUGCUAAUGAGAUUUCCUGUACGACAUGAUGUUCUGUGACAUGGCUCGGCACAUCAUGGGAUAUCUAGCAAAGCUCAUUUCCAUUGCUGUGGUCUUAAUUUACUUCAAUAAGGUUUAUACCAAGAAUAUCAAAUGUGAAAGAAUGGAUGAUUGCUGCCUUGUUUGGGAUGAAAUUACAAUGGAGUGUAAAGAGUGUUCCCCUGGUUAUGUGGGUACGAACUGUACAGAAAUAUGUCCUUAUCCGGGUUAUGGCGUGGAGUGUCAGAUGAAGUGUCAAUGUGAGGAGCGACUUUGUGACGUAACUACAGGAUGUUUCUCGGUUGUUGAUGGCUGUAGAUCAGGCUACUAUGGUGAUAGGUGUUUGUACAGAUGUAGAUAUCCAAAUUACGGUAAACAAUGUCAACAGGUGUGUCAGUGUAACGAAGAGGCCUGCCAUUACAUAACUGGUUGUCCAUUGAAUGAAGACACUUCCUUUUUUCUUCCUGAAACACAUGUACCCAAGAUAAGUACUAAGGAAAACUCACACGAUCCAACGGUUAACUUGGUCGUUAUAUCAUCGACAGCUUUGGUCUUUGUCGUCGUUUUGGCGUUAGUUGUCAUGCUUGUAUUCUGCCGAGUCCGGAAAUCAACAACAAACACCCGUCUUGUGGCAAACACGACAACCUCUCACGGUAACGUCUGCGCAGUGAACACUGACAGAACGUAUUGUGAUUCAAAUGCUGUUGCAGGGUCCAGUCACUUAUACAUGUCAACAUCACGUGAUCCAGAUCAUCUUACCGAGCAAUGUAGAAUUGACCCAAUGCAAUUUCGAGAUCGUUCAAAUACCGUGAUAUACCCAUUGUCAGAAAACUACUAUGAACCUGUUGAGUUUCGUCCGCCUGGAGAAGAUGGGAGAUCCAGUGUGCUGAUGGAAAAUUCGUGUACGUCAGAAUCCAACUACCAUAGAGUCACAGAAGACAGAUCUAGUUAUGUUAAAAUGGAGAUAUGAGGUUGAGUCUUAGAGAGCACAUCUUUUUAACGCAAUACAUUGAUCGAUUUAUUGUAUAUCGUUGAACGCCCCUUUCGAGAUUUUUUCACUCAUAAAGAGACGUCAUUUAUUUUAAAUACCGUCUGCAACUAAACCUGCAACUUCUGCAAAAUGGCGAAUAUUUAUACGGUGACUUUGAUAUUGGAAGCGAGGAAAUGGAGGCAGGGUUAUAUUUGCUUUAUGAUGAGGAUAUCCUGUUGUUUGCGGGCAACCAACAGCCGUCAAUGGCCAUUGGCGAGGCAAGUUAACAGGCUCGACAAAUUAUGUUCAUGUCAAGGUAUCGCAUUGAGUCUUCAUAAAAUCGUACACGAGAAAUCUCUCAGUUCGUGUUUAUCUUCUUUUACACAUACGGGAGGUGAAAGAAAGCAACCUACCUGCACUUCGUCUAAAUCUGUCCUACGUGUAUAACCACUAGUUUGUCAGUGUAAAUGCUACAGCCAUGAGUCCUGACGAUGCACAUGCCGUUGUUCCAUUCCAAAACUUGCAAAUACCUUACUAAGAGCUUAACGUCAACUUGACCAAUCCAUCCUCCGUUAAUUCUCUAAGAUCCUCUGAAUUUCUGUUGAAAUCUGUUUAAAGCAAUUGCAUUUUCAACUUCAUGUACUGUAGGCCAAUGGUUUCUCCAUCUCUGUGCUGAUCGAAUAAAUCACAUAACGGAUGUA